AUGCUGGGGGCCACACAGAACAAGGCCACCCGGCACAGAACAAGGCCACCCAGCACAGAACAAGGCCACCCGGCACAGAACAAGGCCACCCGGCACAGAACAAGAACAAGGCCACCCGGCACAGAACAAGCCACCCGGCACAGAACAAGGCCACCCAGCACAGAACAAGGCCACCCAACACAGAACAAGGCCACCCGGCACAGAACAAGGCCACCCGGCACAGAACAAGGCCACCCGGCACAGAACAAGAACAAGGCCACCCGGCACAGAACAAGCCACCCGGCACAGAACAAGGCCACCCGGCACAGAACAAGGCCACCCGGCACAGAACAAGAACAAGGCCACCCGGCACAGAACAAGCCACCCAGCACAGAACAAGGCCACCCGGCACAGAACAAGGCCACCCGGCACAGAACAAGGCCACCCGGCACAGAACAAGGCCACCCGGCACAGAACAAGAACAAGGCCACCCGGCACAGAACAAGCCACCCGGCACAGAACAAGGCCACCCAGCACAGAACAAGGCCACCCGGCACAGAACAAGGCCACCCGGCACAGAACAAGGCCACCCGGCACGUGUGA